AAAAGCAAAGCAGGCAGCAGCAGGCCAGCAAUCAACGCAACGUCAAACAGUCAAUCCAUCAAUCAAAGCAUCAAUCAAACAACAUGCUGAAGAUACAUAUGCUCGAGCAGGUCGUCAACACGGACAGCGUCUGCGAUAAUGCGGCCCAGGAGCUGUCACCCAAGCGCAAAGUGGCCAUGCCAGCGGGUGGAGUGUCUGGCAGUGGUGCCAGCAGUGCUGCUGGCGGCGGCGGUGGGGGCAGCAGCUCAUCAUCAAAAAGCACACCGACCGUUUCGGCCACCUCGUCGCCGCAUCAUCAGCCAACGCCACCGCAACGUCAUAUACACACAACGUCGGCGGCUGCAAUGGCAGCGGGCAAAUGCUUCAGCCAGGGAUCCUCACCAGCCGGACGCCAGCAUGCCUUUAUGGCGGGCACACAGAAGCAACCGUCCGGCUCGGCCGGCACCGGCGGCGGCAGCGUUACUCACAGUCCGGAACGCUUGCGCGGCGCCACACAGGAUCUCUUUGAGCUGUUGGAGCGGGUGCAGUGCUCCCGUCUGGACGACCAGCGUUGCGUCUUACCAGCGUACUUCUCACAGCAUCAUCGUGGCAGCAAUGCAAGCGAGGAGCGCGUGCCACAGCCACACUCACCACACGAUGGCGGCCACAUGGGCGGCGGACUGCAGCACUCGGGCUCGCGGGCCACGUUGCGUCAAUCAAUGAAUCACUCCAGCAGCUCAAUGACGGGCGGCUCCGCCUCCAGUUCGACGCCCGCCUCGCCGCAGCUGAGCGGCGGCCAGCUGCUGUCGAACGGACACCACUAUCAGUCACAGUCGUCGGUAUCGUCGAACUCAUCGAUUGUGUCGGCCAUACCCGCCUCGCAGCGCCUGCUCGAGGAGGCGCUGGCCAAGCCGGCGCCGUAUCCGAUGAUCCUGCUGCCGGUGCACGGCGGCUAUUGGCUGGACGGGACCGAGCACGAGUGCAGCUACGAUGCACGGGGCAAUCCGCAGCUGCCGCAGACCACCUGGAUGGCCAAGUUCGAGAUGGACGAUACGGCCAAGUGCUAUCGGCGCUUCUAUGCGGCCAGGGAGCACUCGAAUCUGGUUGGGCACGAUGAGCAGCUCGGCCCGGUGCUCAUCUCGAUCAAAACGGAGAACGUGGCCAACCAGGAGCAUAUGCGCAUCCUGCUGCGCCUGCGCACCGGCACCAUGCACGAGCUGAUACCGGUCUCGUGCCUGGGCGCCCAGCCCAGUCCGGCGAAGAUGGUGCGGCUGCUGAACGAACAGAUCCAGGUGGAUAACUUCAUGCCGGUGUUGUGCCCGAAGGCAUCGCAGCUGAUCAGCGUCUAUGAUGAGCAUGUGCUUGUCUCGCACUUCAAGUUCGGCGUGCUCUACCAAAGAUAUGGCCAGACCACCGAGGAGGAGCUCUUCGGCAAUCAGCAGACCUCGCCGGCGUUCGAGGAGUUCCUCGAUGUGAUCGGCCAGCGCAUCAGGCUCAAGGACCACAAGGGCUAUCGCGGUGGCCUGGACAUCCAGAACGGGCACACCGGCGACACGGCCGUCUACGAGGUGUUCAAGGAGCGUGAGGUCAUGUUCCAUGUGUCCACGCUGCUGCCCCACACCGAGGGCGAUCCGCAGCAGUUGCAGCGCAAGCGGCACAUCGGCAACGACAUCGUGGCCAUCGUGUUCCAGGAGACGAACACCCCCUUCUCCCCGGACAUGAUCGCCAGCCACUUUCUGCACGCGUUCAUUGUGGUGCAGCCCCUGGAGCCGAACACGCCGCACACGCGCUACAAGGUGAGCGUGACGGCCCGGGACGACGUGCCCUUCUUCGGGCCGACGCUGCCCAAUCCGGCGGUCUUUCGCAAGGGCCAGGAAUUCAAGGAGUUCCUCCUGACCAAGCUGAUCAAUGCCGAGAACGCCUGCUACAAGGCCGAGAAGUUUGCCAAGCUUGAGCUGCGCACGCGCACCUCGCUGCUGCAGAAUCUAGUGGAGGAGCUGAAGGAGAAGACGCGCGACUUUCUCGGCGCCGAUCUGUCGCAGACCCUCGCCGGCAGUCCGACACCCGAGACGCCCAAGUCGGAGAGCGGAGGCGGCGGCGGCGGCAAUGCGGGCACUCGGUUCAUUGACACCGUCAAGAAGGCGCUGAUCAUGCGCGUGCGCUCCCAGAGCGUGGACACCGGCAACGGGGCGCAUCCGGACAAGUUCAGCGUGAACACCAAGGUGGGCACGCUCAACUCUAAGAAGGAGCCACAGCCCGAGACACAAACGCCCAAUCUAAAUACCUGCAGUCGCACGGCCUCCAAGUCGUCAUCCAAGUCGAAGUCCUCGAAUGAGUCCACAUCCUCCUCGCCGGACAUCACCUCACGACCGGCUAACCAUAAUCACAACAACAACAACAACAACAAUCCAGCUGGCGGCCAACAAAAUGGCGGCGGCAUUGCCGCCGUCGCCGUCAGCGCUGGCCAAAACGGUGGCAUUGUGGGCGUGGCCGUGGCCACCAUGUCCGAGGCGAGCGACGACUCCAGCCUGAACAGCGUGGAUCUGGACCCGAUGAUGGGUCACCUGGACGGCGGUGCCGCCUACAUCGACAGCGACACGGGCCUGGAGAGCAUGAGCUCCGCGGAGGCAACGACCAAGGCCUGCUCGCUCUGCCUCGAGGGGGUGCAGGGCACUACCAUGAUGGGCAGCUCGCCCAGCAACGAGACCAUCAUGAUGAUCGAGAAUCUGCGCCAGGAGGUGACGCGGCUCAAGUGCGACAAGCUCGAUUUGCUGCGACAGAAUGUGACCUGCCAAAGGGACAUCAAGCGUUUGCGGGAGCGAGAGCUAUCGCUGCAAGGCGAUCUGGCGGCAGCCGGACGUGAGAUUCUGCGUCUGCGCGAUCUGCUCAAGGAAUAUAUGCCAGACACAGCCGCAGCGCCGCUCUCCAUUUCGCCCAUCUAAAGCGUCUAACGCCAAGCACAAAACAGGGAGGGAGGGAGACAGCGAGAGAGAGAGAGAGAGAGAGUGAGGGAGUUGGAGGAGAUCGGAGGAACCACUGUGCCGUGUAUAACACUUUGGAUGCGUCGUUAUUUGUUUUUUCUUUUUUAUUUCUGGGGCCAGUUCUCGCAAAACUGUAUUAUAUUUAGUUUGCAUAGCUGUUGGAACUCGAAGAGGAUUGAAAGCUGAAGUGUGGCGGCAUAUAUAUUAUUACAGAUUAGUCUACAAAUAUACAUAUAACAGUUAAAAGAAACAACAUAGAGAAAAGAUAACAAACAUACACACACACAGAACUCAAAAAGUUACACCAAAUAUAUAGUUGAUAAGUCUUUAAGCAUAUUUAACGCAAUGUUUAAAACCCCAAACAAAAAAACAAAAAACAAAAAUUUCCCACAGACGCAAAAACUAAGCCUUAAAUAUAAGUAGACAGAGAGAGAGGGAGUAUAACAGAGACAGCGAGAGCUUAUCGAUUAGCGUAUAAAACAGUUACAAAAAGUUUGCAUUGAAACGUUUUCGAGUUCGAAUUCGUCAUCGAUUUAGUAGCAGAGUAGAGCGAUCCUAGGCAACCCUGCACUGUGGCAACCCUGUUAGCUCCGCUCGUUUCCAUUCAUCACGUAGACCUCAACAGCAAUUAUUAACCAAUUAAAAGAAAGAGGAAGAA